AUGGAGCACGCCAGCGAAACGCACUACGUGUCGUUCCUGGGCGGCGAGGAGAGCCUGGAGGGGGGGUCCGGCACGCUGCAUCAGCGGCGGCAGUUUGCGUCGGGCUUCGCCGCGGACGCGGUUCGACCCUACGCCGUGACCGCGCGGACGUACUUUUGGAAGAAGCUUUUGCGCCGCAGGGACUUGAAAACGCGCGCACUUCUCGCGCUGGUCGCCUUCGCCGUCGCCUUCCUCGUCCUCGCCGCCCUCCUGCUGCAGUGGCGAACUGACGACGUCGCGCCGCCCGUCGCGCCGAUGGACGCCUCCGUCGAGCGCGAGGCGAACCCUGCGCAGAUCUGGGAUUGGCAGGAGACCCACUUUCAGGACGCCUUCCGCAGCUUCCAGUCCGCCUACGGAAAGGUGUACGCGUCCCCGGAGGAAGUGGAAAAACGAUACGCCAUCUUCAAAAGCAACCUCGUCUACAUCCACACACACAACCAACAAGGUUUUUCCUACACUCUGAAGAUGAAUCAGUUCGGUGAUCUCUCCCGCGAGGAAUUCCGGCAGAAGUAUCUCGGCUUCAAGAAGGCGAGGAAUCUCAAGUCGCACCACCUCGGCGUUGCAGAGGACCUGGCGGGCGUGCGGAGCGACGAGCUGCCGCAGGCAGUUGACUGGCGGACGCGGGGGUGCGUGACGCCGGUCAAAGAUCAGCGCGACUGCGGGUCCUGCUGGGCGUUUUCGACGACUGGCGCGCUGGAGGGGACGCAGUGUGCGCGGAGCGGCAAGUUGAUCAGUUUGAGUGAGCAGGAGUUGAUGGACUGCUCGCGGCCGCAGGGCAACGAGAGCUGCAACGGCGGGGAGAUGGCUGACGCUUUCCAGUACGUGAUCGACAACGACGGCAUCUGCUCGGAGGAGGCGUAUCCGUACCUCGCGCGCGACGCCGAGUGCCGAGCGCAGAGCUGCAAGAAGGUGUUCAAGAUCUCGGGCUUCAAGCAAGUUCCGCAGAAAAGCGAGACAGCCAUGAAGGCGGCGCUCGCGCGCCACGGGCCUGUGAGCGUCGCGAUCGAGGCUGACCAGAUGCCCUUCCAGUUUUACCACGACGGCGUCUUCGACGCGUCCUGCGGAACCGACCUCGACCACGGCGUCCUCCUCGUUGGCUACGGAACCGACCCGAAAACCAACAAAGACUUCUGGAUCAUGAAGAACUCUUGGGGUAGCUCCUGGGGAUCUCUCGGCUACAUGCUGAUGGCCAUGCACCGCGGGGAAGAGGGGCAGUGCGGCCUUCUUCUCGAUGCGACGUUCCCAGUCGUGUAG